AAGGAAACGUGUGAGAGGCGGGGAGAAAAGAAAAAGGGGGCGCAAAAAUGGCUGGGGCAAUUAUAGAAAACAUGAGCACCAAGAAGCUGUGCAUUGUUGGUGGGAUUCUUCUCGUGUUCCAAAUCAUCGCCUUUCUGGUGGGAGGCUUGAUUGCACCAGCUCCUACGACGGCUGUGUCCUACUUGUCAGUGAAAUGUGUGGAUGUCCGUAAAAACCAUCACAAGACAAAGUGGUUAAUACCCUGGGGCUCUAACCCAUGUGACAAGAUCCAAGACUUCGAGGAAGCCAUUCCAAGGGAAAUCGAAGCCAAUGACAUUGUGUUUUCUGUCCACAUUCCCCUCCCCAACAUGGAGAUGAGUCCUUGGUUCCAAUUCAUGUUGUUUAUCCUGCAGCUGGACAUUGCAUUCAGGCUGAACAACCAAAUCAGAGAAAAUGCGGAAGUUUCCAUGGAUGUCUCCCUGGCUUACCGUGAUGAUAUGCUUGCUGAAUGGACUGAAAUGGCCCAUGAGAGAGUACCCCGGAAACUCAAAUGCACCUUUACGUUCCCCAAGACUGUAGAACAUGAAGGCCGUCACUAUGAAUGUGAUGUCCUUCCAUUCAUGGAAAUUGGGUCUGUGGCUCAUAAAUAUUAUCUUCUAAACAUCCGAUUGCCUGUGAACGAGAAGAAGAAAAUCAAUGUCGGGAUUGGGGAAAUCAGGGAUAUUCGGUUGGUGGGAAUCCACCAAAAUGGAGGUUUCACUAAAGUGUGGUUUGCUAUGAAGACCUUCCUCACACCGAGCAUCUUCAUCAUCAUGGUGUGGUAUUGGAGGAGGAUCACCAUGAUGUCUCGACCCCCCGUGCUUCUGGAAAAAGUCAUCUUUGCCCUUGGGAUUUCUAUGACCUUUAUCAAUAUCCCAGUGGAGUGGUUUUCCAUUGGGUUUGAUUGGACCUGGAUGCUGUUGUUUGGUGAUAUCCGUCAGGGCAUCUUCUACGCAAUGCUUCUCUCCUUCUGGAUCAUCUUCUGUGGCGAGCACAUGAUGGAUCAGCAUGAACGGAAUCACAUUGCUGGGUACUGGAAGCAAGUUGGACCAAUUGCCGUGGGCUCUUUCUGCCUCUUCAUAUUCGACAUGUGUGAGAGAGGGGUACAACUCACGAAUCCCUUCUACAGUAUCUGGACUACAGAUGUUGGAACAGAACUGGCUAUGGCCUUCAUCAUUGUGGCUGGGAUCUGCCUCUGCCUCUACUUCCUGUUUCUGUGCUUCAUGGUCUUCCAGGUGUUUCGGAACAUCAAUGGAAAGCAGUCUAGCCUGCCAGCCAUGAGCAAAGUCCGGCGGCUGCACUAUGAGGGGCUAAUUUUCAGGUUCAAGUUCCUCAUGCUUAUCACGUUGGCCUGUGCUGCCAUGACUGUCAUCUUCUUCAUUGUCAGUCAGGUGACUGAAGGCCAUUGGAAGUGGGGCAGUGUCACUGUCCAGGUGAACAGUGCCUUCUUCACAGGCAUCUAUGGGAUGUGGAACCUGUAUGUUUUUGCUUUGAUGUUCUUGUAUGCACCAUCCCACAAGAACUAUGGGGAAGAUCAGUCCAACGGCGAUCUGGGUGUCCACAGUGGGGAAGAACUCCAGCUCACCACCACUAUCACCCACGUGGAUGGACCCACCGAGAUCUACAAGUUGACCCGCAAGGAGGCCCAGGAGUAGAGGCUGCAGCACCCGGCUGGGACUGUCCCCCACACCCCAGCCUCUCUCACUAAAGUGGGGAGUGUGCCAGAGAGCUCCAUGUGCAAAGGAGUACUCACGUAUCUUAGCUGUGGUUUCUUGGACCAGCACGUGAAUGAUUGUCAGUUUGCCUCCUACGGUAGUGCUCAGAGGAAGAUUCCUGCAGCCACUAAUGCAUCGUGUAUGAUAAAAAAACAAAUGACAACAACAAAAACUCUGGUAUGACACAUUCUCUGUGAUCGUUGUUAAUUAGUGACAUAGUAACAUCUGUAGCAGGUGGUUAGUAACCUCAUGUGUUGGGGGUGUACUGCUUGGGGGAUGGUUCGGGCCAGAUGGGGUCUGUAUGGAGUGGAAUAUUUGACUCAUUUUCCUGUUUUAGAUUCUAGGAUAGAUUUUAACAUCCUUUGCAGUCCAAGAAAAGUUGGCGUCAUAGUCUUCUCACUUCUAGUCCAUGACCACUUUUUUUUUCCUAUUUAUAUCACCAAGUAGCCUAUUGAGUUAAUAUUUAAGUUGUCAAUAGAUAUGUGUCCCUAUUUUUUAUGGCAUAAUAUAAAAUAACUGAAUUUCAUAAGAUCAGUUACACCAGGGACAUUUCAGCUUUGAAACCAAAUGUGUGUGUCCAAUACUAACCAAUCUGUUGGAUGUGGGUUUUAAAAAAUAUUUGCUAAACUACCGAAGUAGGAUUUAUUGUAUUAAAUGACCUUUGGGUCUGAAAGCUUUUUUAA